AUGGCCGACGGCAGCCUCGGCUUUGUGGCUGCAGGGCCAUCUCUACCACCUACCGCCAGAGCUCCCCAUGCAGCCCAAACAUCCAAGCCCGAGCUGCGUCGGCAGCCUUCUGGCCUUGCGCUGGGAGCUGCCGCAAGCUUCUGCUUGGCGACACUUCGGCGUCGCGACAGGCGCGGUGCUGCCAGAGGGCGCAUGCAAAGCCACGCAGAGUUAGGGAGCCGGGAGACGCCGGCUCCUCAUGACCUCUUGCUGCGGGUGGCGCGGGGUGAGCCGGGGGACCACACCCCUGUGUGGCUAAUGCGCCAAGCUGGGCGCUACAUGAAGGACUUUCGGAAGUACUCGGAGAGGUAUCCUUUCAGGCAGCGCUCAGAAACCCCGGACAUGGCUAUCGAACUCUCGCUGCAGUGCUGGCGGCAGUAUGGCAUGGAUGGGGUCAUUGUCUUCUCGGACAUCCUGACGCCGUUGCCAGCCAUGGGCAUUAGCUUCGAUGUCGUGCGCGGUAGGGGCCCCAUUGUGCUCGGCGACCUGGCGCGCACCUUGGAGGACCGUCUGCAAGGGGGCCCCGAUCAGAUCAGGGAAGUCUCCAGCCCCGAGGGCUUCAAAGAGAGCCACGGCUUCUUGAAAGAGACGCUCCAGGCGCUGCGGAGCGAAACGGAGAAGAAGUGCAGCUUGCUAGGUUUCGUUGGGGCGCCAUGGACCCUUGCUGCCUAUGCAGUCGAGGCAGGUGGUACGAAAGAGGCGGCUGUCUUCAAGAAGUGGAUGUUUAGCAAGCCUGAGGUGGUGGAUGAGUUUCUCCGUCGGAUGACGGUGACCAUCAGCAACUAUGCCAUCUACCAGGUUGAGAGUGGCGCGCAGUGCAUCCAGAUCUUUGAUUCGUGGGCGCAUUGCCUGACGCCCGAGCUUUGGAGACGUUUUGCUGCACCUUGCGUGAAGCAGGUAGCAGCAACCUUGCGACAGGCUUGCCCAGACGUGCCCAUCAUCUACUUUGCAAAUGGUGGCUCAUCCUACUUGAGGGACCAGGUCACUGCGCUGGCUGGCCACAUAGAUGUCCUUGGCAUAGAUGGGCACAUGCGCUUGGAUGAGGCAGCGAAGAUCGUAGAUGGCACAGGGCUUAUUCUGCAAGGAAAUGUGGAUCCCUACAUUCUGCGGUAUGGCAGCGAGUCCGAAGUGCGACAGGCGGUCCGAGACUCGAUCGAUGCAGUCGGUGGGCCCGGAAGGCACAUCCUGAAUCUUGGCCACGGAGUCCUUCAGGGAACUCCGGAGGAGAAUGUCCUGUACUUCGUCGAGGAAUCCCAAGCAUACCGUGGCACAUCCGAGGAGUACUCCUCGGCAGAGAAAGAGUUGUUGGCCGCGUAG